UGAAAAGACGACUGUAUAGUAGUAACCGGUAAGACUAUCUCAUUGUCCUCUUUCCCUCCACAAAAACCAGAAAAUAUCCGAGAGCAAAUGAAACCGAUAAAAUAGAACACCACACCAAAAUGUGUUAGUAGGCAGAAUUAUUUGCCGACGUCCCCUGAAAUCGUCGUCGUCGUCGACAUGCUUCUUCUGCCUCUGCCUGGUUCCACCCGAUUCCCAUCCGUUCAAUUAUCUUCGUCUCCGAUACUCAUCCGCCACCACCACAUCUUCCACGCGCCUCCCUCCGCCCUUUCCACUUCCGCCGAAUCUCAUCUCCCCCCAAUUUCAUCCUCACGACGUCGUUUGGAUAACUACGACACCCACCAGGCCGCCGUUUCCCGCUACGACUUCGCACCCCUCCUCGCCUUCCUCUCCACCUCGUCCAGCUCCACUCAUGACGACAUUAACUCGGCGUCGCCGACGUCACUCGACCCGGCCGAGUUCCAGCUGGCCGAGUCGUACCGGGCCGUCCCGGCCCCUCUCUGGCACUCCCUCCUCAAAUCCCUCUGCUCCUCCUCCUCCUUGAAACAGGCCUACGCGCUCGUUUCGUGGCUCCAGAAGCACAACCUCUGCUUCUCCUAUGAGCUCCUCUACUCCAUCCUCAUCCACGCGCUCGGACGCUCCGAGAAGCUCUACGAGGCGUUCCUGCUCUCUCAGCGGCAGACGUUGACUCCGUUGACCUACAACGCUCUCAUCGGCGCGUGCGCUCGCAACGGCGACCUGGAGAAGGCGCUCAAUUUGAUGUCCAGGAUGCGCCAGGACGGUUACCGAUCGGAUUUCGUGAACUACAGCCUGGUAAUUCAGUCGCUUAAUCGCUCAAACAAGGUUGAUUCUCCGAUUAUGUUAAAGCUUUACAGGGAGAUUGAGUCUGAGAAUGUUGAGAUUGAUGGACAGCUGCUAAAUGAUUUGAUUGUUGGUUUCGCAAAAGCCGGCGAGCCCAGCCAGGCUAUGCAUUUUCUUGCCAUGGUGCAGGCUAGUGGUUUGAGCCCCAAAACCGCCUCUCUGGUGGCGGUUAUUUCGGCUUUGGGGAACUCCGGUAGGGUGGUUGAGGCGGAAGCUAUUUUCGAGGAAAUGAAAGAGGGUGGGUUGCAACCAAGGACUAGAGCUUACAAUGCACUGCUUAAAGGGUAUGUGAAGGCAGCUUCUUUGGAAGAUGCUGAAUCCAUUGUGUCACAGAUGGAGAGGAGUGGCAUUUCACCGGAUGAGCACACUUAUAGCCUCCUCAUUGAUGCUUAUGCCAAUGCCGGUAGGUGGGAGAGCGCGAGAAUUGUGUUGAAGGAGAUGGAGGCUAGCAAUGUGCAGCCUAAUUCGUAUGUUUUCAGUAGGAUUUUAGCUAGUUAUCGGGAUAGAGGGGAGUGGCAGAAGUCAUUUCAAGUUUUGAGGGAGAUGAGGAGCAGUGGGGUAAUGCCUGAUAGGCAUUUUUACAAUGUGAUGAUUGAUACUUUUGGAAAGUCUAAUUGUCUUGAUCAUGCUAUGGCUACCUUUGAAAGGAUGCUAUCGGAGGGGAUUCAGCCGGAUACUGUUACCUGGAAUACCCUCAUAGAUAGUCAUUGUAAGUCAGGCCACCAUGUAAGGGCAGAGGAGUUGUUUGAGGAAAUGCAGGAGAGUGGUUGCGCGCCUUGUGCCACCACCUUUAACAUCAUGAUAAACUCCUUAGGGGAGCAGGAGAGAUGGGAUGAAGUGAAGGGCCUAAUGGGGAAGAUGCAGAGUCAGGGUUUACUUCCGAAUAUAGUUACUUAUACCACAUUAGUUGACAUAUAUGGGAAGUCGGGGAGAUUUAAUGAUGCAAUAGAGUGCUUGGAGAUAAUGAAGUCUGCAGGCAUGAAACCAUCCCCGACAAUGUAUAAUGCCUUGAUUAAUGCCUAUGCUCAAAGGGGUUUGUCUGAGCAAGCACUGAAUGCAUUCAGGGUUAUGAGAUCAGACGGCUUGAAACCUAGUCUAUUAGCUCUCAAUUCAUUAAUUAAUGCAUUUGGCGAGGAUAGGAGGGAUGCUGAGGCCUUUUCCGUGUUGCAGUACAUGAAGGACAAUGAUGUAAAACCAGACGUGGUUACAUAUACUACACUUAUGAAAGCCCUUAUUCGAGUCGAUAAAUUUUAUAAGGUUCCAGAUGUGUAUGAAGAAAUGAUCCACUCUAGGGUUACUCCUGAUAGGAAAGCUAGGGCAAUGUUACGGUCUGCCCUGAAAUACAUGAAACAGACACUGAAUCAUAGAUGAUAUGAUCGACUCCUACAGCCAAAUUUACAUAUGUUCCACCUUUUAUGUUUGAUCGAGUCAGGAUUAUUACUAUAAAGAUUUUGCAGGAACGAUGAUUGAUUUACACCGGCCAUCGUGCAAAGGGAAUUCAAAUUCAAGGGCAAUCAUGCUUCACAGUUUGGAAACAAAGACACUGACCAAUGACAAACAAGAACAAUUGAAGAAACAACCCAUCCCCUCACUAAUUUUUGGUUGUAAGCACCAGGGAAAAUAUGCUUUGUUGCUUGUAUCUUGUAAAAUCUUCCGAUUAUAUUUUUAUCCCAAGGUGGAAUGUAAUUAUAACACUACAUUGUAUUAUUUUUCUUCAUUAUCCUAAAGGAAGAGCAUUUUUAUGCCAGCAA